AUGAAGAAAGGGAGGGAGGGAGGAAGAAAGAUCAGAAAGGGUAAAAUAAAACUGCCUUUAUUCUCACACAGUAUGAUUAUCCACACAGAAAAAUCCCAGGAAAUUUGCAGCAAAAGCAAAAAACAGCAAAAACAAAAACUCUUGGAACAAAUAUGUGAGUUUAAAAAGGUUGUAAGAUUCAAGGCCAAUACAGAAAAACCCACAUUCAACUGUUUUUUUACAUUAAAGCAAUGGACUAUUGGAAACCAAAAAUUAAAAAACAAUACCAUUUACAAUAGCCGUUUUAAAAAAUGGAAUACUUAUAUAGAAACAUAA